AUGAAGUCGAGCGAAGAUCCCUGUAAAACUCGACUCUCUCGUCUUUCUUUCUUCUUUUCUUACGCUAAUUCCUUGUUAUAUUUUGCUUUCUUCUCCUCUCCGCUAUUUUUAUAUCUAUCUAUCUAUCUAUUAGGUUGGUGCAAAAAUAAUGACGUAAUAAUGUCGUUUUUGACGUUACGUCAAAAAACGACAUUAUUACGUCAUUAUUUUUGCACCAACCUAAUAUCUAUCUAUCUAUCUAUCUAUCUAUCUAUGCUCCUUAUCUAUUUUAUGGUCACCCCCAGCAAUAUUUCGUUCUCUUUUCUUUAUUCUUUUCUUAACAUCUUUUUUUUCCACCUUAAAUUUUCAAUCUUGCUUUCUUUUUGUUCUUUCUUCUUUACUUUUGGGCCUCUGUUUUAUUAUCUUUUUUCUACAUCAUUUUCUUUAUUCUUUACUUCAUUUUUUCUUCAUUUUUUUAUUUUCAAUGUUUGUUUUUCUUCUUCUUCUUUUUCUUCUUCUUCUUUUUCUUCUUCUUCAUUCUUUGACAUCUCUAUUCUACUCUUUUUUUUCUACUUCAUCUUUUUCGUCUUCCAUCUUUUUCGUCUUCCAUCUUUUUCUUCUUUCUUUCUUUCUUACCGUUUCUUCAAUCUUUUUUUAUUUCCUCAUGACUUUUUUCUUCUUUCUGUUCCACUCAUUCUUUCUACGCAUUUCCCUCCUCUUCGUUAUUAUUUCACAUCUCUGUCUUUCCAUCUUUAUCUAUUUGUUGUCUCCAUUUUAUAUUCUUUAUCUUCAAAUAGAUUUUUAAAUGUUUUUCUUCUUUUCUCUUUCUUCACAUUUUGCCUCACAAUUUCUUCUUCUUCUUCUUCUUGA